AUGCUCUCUCGGCGUCUUCUUCCUUCCUCAGAUUUCUACGCAGCGAAACUCAAAUCAAUCUUUUCUCCUUCAAUGGCAUUGAUCCAACAUGGUUCGGUUUCUGGAUCUUCUGCGGUUCGAUUAAGCUUCUUAUCGUCCACAUCACCACCGUUGACGACGAGGAUUUCUCUCAAUUUUCAGCCGGAGAAGAAAGGUUGGAGGAAGAGUUGUUCCCGGAGAAUGAUAAGCAGAGCUAUGGUACAAGAAGCUGUUCAAGGGAUUCCUUCCGUUUACGCUAGAGAAAUGGAACGUCUCUCCGCUAAGGAAUCACUGAUUCUCGCCUUCAAUGAUGCUGGAGGAUUUGAGGCUUUGGUUACAGGGAAAGUCACUGAUCUUCAAAAGAUUGAUGUGAAUGAGAGGAUAACUAGUCUUGAGCGGCUUAACCCGACUCCUAGACCAACCACGUCUCCUUAUCUCGAAGGCAGAUGGAGUUUUGAGUGGUUUGGAUCCAGCACUCCUGGUUCACUUGCUGCGCGGGUUAUAUCCGAGAGGUUUCCUUCGACGUUGUUGAGUCUAUCCAAUAUGGACAUAGUUAUUAAGGAUGCUAACGCAAAGGCGACUGCAAACAUCAAACUGCUAAACAUGAUAGAAAACAAAAUCAUCUUGUCAUCGAAAUUGACGGUAGAAGGGCCUUUAAGGAUGAAAGAAGAGUAUUUAGAAGGAAUGCUUGAGUCGCCAACGGUUAUUGAAGAAGCAGUACCGGAACAGCUAAGAGGGUUAUUGGGUCAAGCUACCACGAGGUUGCAACAGCUUCCUAGACCUAUCAAGGAUACUCUAGCCAAUGGUCUAAGAAUUCCUCUUGGUGGAUCUUACGAGAGAUUCUUCAUGAUAUCUUAUCUAGACGACGAGAUUCUUAUUGUAAGAGACACCUCGGGAGUGCCUGAAGUUCUAACGAGGGUGGAAACAUCGUCUUCAUCGAGCGUUGUAGACAAGCUUGAAUACAACAGUUAA